CCUCUUCCUGGGGCUUGGAGCCCUGGUUGCCAUCAGCCAUGGCUCCCAAAAAGAGUGUGAGCAAGGCAGGCAAGGAGCUUGAAGUCAAGAAGAAGAAAGGCAGCAAGAAGGAGCCGGUGGUGGCCGUGGAGCCGCCUCUGGCCAAGGAGACGAAGGAGUUCUACCACAUCCAGAUCCGAGACCUGGAGGACAGGCUGGCCCGGUACCAGCGGAAGUGGGAUGAGCUGGCUGUGCAGGAGAAGCUGUUCCGCCAGGAGUUCGAGCAGCUGGCCAAUAACAAGAAGGAGAUUGUGGCCUUCCUCAAGCGCACGCUCAACCAGCAGGUGGACGAGAUCACAGACCUCAACGAGCAGCUCCAGAACUUGCAGCUAGCCAAGGAGAUGGAGAAGGAUGCCUUCGAGGCGCAGCUAGCCCAGGUGCGCCACGAGUUCCAGGAGACCAAGGACCAGCUCACCACGGAGAACAUCAUCCUUGGGGGGAAGCUGGCAGCCCUGGAGGAGUUCCGGCUACAGAAAGAGGAGGUCACGGAGAAGUUUACGUUGCUGGAGGAGCAGGUGCGGAAGCAGGAGAAUGAGUUCAGGGACUAUGCGUACAACCUGGAGAAGAAGUCGGUGCUGGACAAGGACAGACUGAGGAAAGAAAUCAUCCAACGCGUGAACCUCGUGGCCAGUGAGUUCCACAAGGUGACCACGAACCGGAUGUGGGAGACAACGAAGCGGGCCAUCAAAGAGAACAACGGCAUUAGCCUGCAGAUGGCCAGGGUCUCCCAGCAAGGCAUGAAGCUGCUGCAGGAGAAUGAGCAGCUCAAGGGAAGCCAGGGCAAUCUGUGCAAACAGCUGGAGCUGCUGGAGAACACCCAGAAGGUCAUGGCCAGGCACAAAAGAGGCCACCAGAAGAUUAUCCUCAUGCUGACCAAGAAAUGCCAGGAGCAGCAGCAGGACACCAAGGAGGCCGAGCAGCUGCGCCUCCUGCUGAGCCAGUUGGAGCAGAGAUCCCUGCAGCUGCAGGGGGACAACCAGGCACUGAAGAGCCAGAGAGACCAGCUGAGCUUGCAGCUGGGGCAGCAGCAGGGGGAUCUGCAGCGGCUACAGCAGGAACUGGCUAAUGAGCAGAAGGUUCGGGCCAGCCUGGAGGCGGCCCUGGUCCAGGCCACCUCCUUCCUCCAGAACAUUCUGCAGAUGCACCCCGAUGAAGAGGACAGCGACUUCAACGUGACAUUCCAGCUAUGGCACAAGGAGAUGCUGCAGCAACUGCUGGUCAUGCUCAGCGCCACUGUGGUCCCGAGACCCCAGAAGGCUGGCUGUCCCCACCCGGAGUCACAGUCCCAUGGCCCACCCAACGAGAGCCGGCCCAGCAUCCAGCUGCCCAGGACUGGGUCUCUGCUGCCGCAGCUCUCUGACAUCACCCACUACCAGCCGGGGGAUCUAGGCCUGGUACCUCGCCAGACCCACAUCCCACCCAACCCCCAGGACCUCAGGCUGCUGUCAUAUAUCACCCGUGUGGGGACCUUCCGGGCACAUAGCAGCCCUGAGAUACGUGCCCCUGCUUCUCUAAAAAGGCUCAAAACGUUUAGUCUUCCUGAAGUUCCCCUACGUUCCAAAUAGGACACAGAGAGAAGAACCUACUUCAGAAAUGGACUGGUCCAGUCACAGUCACCCCCACUUUAAUCCGCAGGCAGCCUGGAACAGUCUAGAGGACAGUUGUAUAAAAAGUAGAUACCAAGG